UGAUCAGCUACUCUGGUCUAGGGGCGAGGAGAGAAGUCAGUCGCUAGCCUAGUGUAGGGUGUGUGAGGGAUUUGAAAAAUGUCUUUCUCUCGUCGGAGACAACAGCCCCGUGAUCUCAUGAAUAUAUUCUAGCUAGCGGGCCAUUGUGCAAUAGUCAGGGAGGUAUGCAAUCCAGUUUCACAGGCAAACACAGCUGCUCAGAGCAAGGACCAACUACUACACAGCGAUUCUUCUCACUUUUGUGCACGCUUACAUUCCGAGUAGUGACGACGCCGGCCAAGCAGUGAUACGAAUCUUUUGAGGCACAUUCGACGAGGCUGCCAGCUACAGUUUUAAAUGGGAAACGAUUCGCCACAUGCAGACAUGGGAGCUAACGUUACACCUUGAAGACAGACACACUGUUGCGGAUAUAAAGAAAAAUAGCGAACAUAGCCUAAUUUCUUGUCACCGACCGAUAUUUCUUGGAGCUAUCUACCAGCGGAAUAAUACGAAAUCAAAUAGAGAAUUCCAACCACGGGUAGUUGGAGUCAAAGGCUGCCUGUCAGGAUCUUGUUGACCCCCCCGUUCCUCCGAUGAACCCCCUCAACUCCAUGAAACCCGGUCUGCCUCCCACUCCGCACAGUGACGGUAACUUCCUGUAUGACUCUGCCUCCUGGCAACAAGGCACCAAUCAGCAGCCAGGCGCCCUCUCUGUGGUAACCACCGUCUGGGGCGUGACCAAUCCCUCGCACAGCCAGGUGUUUGGCGCGCCCAUGGGUCCGGGCGGGAACUCUGGAGGUCACAUGAUGCAGGGCAGCGGUGGCGGUGGGGGGAUGAGUCCCGGUGUGAAUCACCAAUACCAGAGCUAUGGUGAUAAGGGCUACGGACAACCGGGUCUCUACGGACGCCCCAACACCGCCUAUAACCAAGCACCACCAUACGGACAGAGUUACUCUAAUAAUGGUGGAGGGGGAAUGGGCCAACGCCCCCCCUCUGACUUCACCCAGGCUGCUGCCGCCGCUGUUGCUGCGGCUGCUGCCACGGCAACCGCCACUGCCACGGCAACAGUCGCGGCCAUCCAGGAGAAGCAGAACCAGGAAAUGAACUACGGCCAGAUGGGCGGAGGCCCCUCCUCCUACAGUACCCAGUUCCUGUCCCACCCGGGCCCCCAGCAGGGUGGGCCCCGCGGCCCCCCGGGGAUGAGCCCCAGUGGGAUGGUCCAGUCCCGGCCUGGGCAGCACCCCUCCAUGGGGUACCCCUCGCACCCCUCCCAGGGUCAGGGCCAGAGGAUGUCCCAGCAGCACCCAGGCUACCCAGCAGGUCAACAACAGGGGCUCAAACGCCCCUACCAAUCUGAGGGUUUCCCAGGGCAGCAACAGUAUGGUUCAGGGGGCAUGUCUCCGUACCAUGGUGGCCAGCCCCUCCAGUACCCCCCCGGCCCCCAGCAGCGCCAGCCCCAGUCCCCAUCCUACCACCCCAACCAACGCAUGCCCCCCAUGGGACAGUACCAGCAAGGACCACCCAACCCGGCACAGUACUACAAGGAGCAGCAGUAUAAUGGGCAGCAGGGUAACAUGCCACCAGGAGGCUACAACGCCUUCACACAGGCUGCUGUCAACGCGCAGGGUGGCCGGGUGAUGCCGGGGUACCCCAGUUCUCCUUUGGGGGGUAACCCCACCCCUCCCAUGACUCCGGGCAGCAUGCCCCCCUACCUGUCCCCCGGUGGGCCUGGACCAGACACCAAGCCCCCCUACCUCCCCCAAGGCCCUGACGUCAAGCCCAACAUCAACUCCCUACAGCCCCCCACUGGUAACCCUAGCGACGACCUGCGGCUGACCUUCCCGGUGCGCGACGGCGUGGUGCUGGAGCCGUUCCGAUUGGAGCACAACCUGGCGGUCAGCAACCAUGCCUUCCAGCUGCGAGACUCCGUCUACAAAACCCUCAUGAUGAGGCCUGACCUGGAGCUGCAGUUUAAGUGUUAUCACCACGAGGACCGGCAGAUGAACACUAACUGGCCCGCUUCCGUACAGGUGUCUGGUCCUUGCUUACAGGUGAGUGUGAACGCCACACCGCUCACCAUCGAGAGGGGCGACAACAAGACGUCCCACAAGCCCCUCUACCUCAAGCAGGUGUGUCAGCCGGGACGUAACACCAUCCAGAUCACCGUCACCGCCUGCUGCUGCUCCCACCUGUUUGUGUUGCAGCUGGUCCACAGGCCAUCAGUACGCUCGGUUCUGCAAGGGUUAAUGAAGAAGAGAUUACUGCCCGCAGAGCACUGUGUGUCUAAGAUUAAGAGGAACUUCAAUAGUGGGACCAUCCCUGGGACCACAGGGCUGAAUGGAGAGGAUGGUGUGGAACAGACAGCCAUCAAAGUCUCUCUGAAAUGUCCUAUCACCUUCAGACGCAUCCAGCUGCCUGCACGCGGACACGACUGUAGACACAUACAGUGUUUUGACCUGGAGUCGUACCUGCAGUUGAACUGUGAGAGAGGGACCUGGAGAUGCCCUGUGUGCAAUAAGAGCGCUCUACUGGAGGGACUAGAAGUGGACCAGUACAUGCUGGGGAUUCUAAUUUACAUACAGAAUUCAGACUAUGAGGAGAUCACCAUUGACCCAGUGUGUGGCUGGAGGCCAGUGCCCAUUAAACCAGACAUCCACAUAAAGGAGGAAGCAGACGGGCCUGUGUUGAAGCGCUGCCGUACGGUCAGCCCCAGUCACAUGAUGAUGCCCAAUGUCAUGGAGAUGAUCGCUGCCCUGGGACCGGCCUCCUCGCCCUACCAGGGUCUACCACCUGGGGGCAGGAACACACCUGACUACAACAGCCAAGCAGGUCCAGGAUACUCCAGCCAGUCAGGCUUCUCUGAGUUCCCCAACACCCCUGGAACUCCCACCCUGAGAGACUUCACCUCCCCUGGGCCACCUAACAUCUACCAGCAGGACCAGUUGUCCCACUCUGGCCGUAUGGACCCUUCCCAUAAUGCCCUGCAGCAGCAGCAACAACAACAACAGCAGCAGCACCAGCACCAGCAGGGUCUCCACGGUAACCAGAGUCUCGGAGGCAGCGUUGCCGGACAGAUGCAGCAGCGGAACGCAAAUACCCAGAAUACCCGGCUGCAGACGGAGGGCUCGUUCGGCCUGGGGGGAGCAGGAGGAGGAGAGGGAGCGGAUCACACCCUGGACCUUCUCCCUGAGCUGACCAAUCCAGACGAGCUGUUGUCCUACCUGGGUCCUCCAGAUCUACCUAGCAACAGCAACGACGACCUGCUCUCUCUGUUCGAGAACAACUGAAGACUCUCUUCCUUCCUUGUUUAGGGACAGCUUCAGCCUAUUGAGGGAGGAAGGGGGGGGGAGCGGGAGGGGACGGGACGGGACAGAGAGGGAUCCAUGUUUUAUACCCCAUGCCUGCCCAUCCCUACCCUCUGUGGACCAGACCAACAGGAAGGUGCAGAGGGUAGUGAGAGACAGACAUGACUUUCUCUGUCUGGAAACUCUGUCAAGACUGUAGUGUUUUUAGACUCAUUAUAAAGCAUCCCUUUGCACUCUGGAUCCAUCAAAUAAAUUAAAAAAUAAUAAUAAUCCAGUGAAAAAUGGGACUGCCUGCACUGGCCAGCCGCUAUAACUGUAAUUCAAUGUUCUUUAAAAAAUCACAAGCUGAAGGAUUUAACUUUUUAAAGGAUCUUUUUAGAAACCAGAAAAAUAAAGUGUUAUGUUGACUUUCCAUUGUGUAUUUAUGAUUGUGGAACUUGUCAAUAAACGAGGAACAGACAGUG